AUGAAGUUGGUACUCUCGACCUCGAAUAUAAUGACCUCCGGAGGUCCGUCCGUAAUCCGGCAGCCGUCAACAUUCAAGUCAAAUGUCGAACUAAUCAACUCACUUCGCGCAAAUUUCCAAGCCGCACAGCAAUCCAUCCCUUCCGAACCCAGCACAGCAGACAGCGCCGCCUGGACAAAACAAGAAGACGAUACGCUCUACAUUCCCGCUGUAGAUUUCUCCCAGCGUGGGCUCGCCGAAGAACGCUCACAGUACGACAUCACUGUCAAACUAUUCUACCUCCCGGGGAUCCCCGUUUCGCGACGUUGUGCACACACAAAGCAAGCGAUCGAUCUUGUCCUGAAAGAGCUACACGUCGACUCGAUUGAUUUACUUAUUGUAUCAUUUCCGGGGAUCCAUUUUGAUGCGGAAGACGACAGUGAGGAAGAAGAAAGUAUCUCGGUUGACGGCGGGAGCAGCUUCGAACAUGAAGACGACUUCGAUAGCCUCGUGCAGACGUGGAAAUGUCUUGAAUCCUUACAUGAGCAGGGGAAGAUACUGCAGCUUGGCGUUGCGGAAUUUGGAAGCGAGCGGUUAGCCCGAUUUCUGGAGCACACGCGCGUUAAGCCCGCAGUAAACCAGAUCAAUUUGAAGGACUGCUGUGUUGUUCCGAAGAGUUUGAUUCUGUAUGCGAAGGAGCAGAAGAUCGAUUUGUUAACGCAUAAUGAUUGUAACGAUAUCUUGCCCAAGGGGACGAUUAGGGAGUUGCUGGGGCCUGGGGAGCGGGGGGCCGGGAUCCUGGCUCCAACGCCGGAGUUGGAUGGCAAGGAUGGUGGUUUGGUCAAGGGGGAUAUUGAGACGCAAUGGGUGGUUAAGUAUACGGCUGUGGUGAAGGACCGAGGGGUUGUUGAGAACAAGGGCUACUUUGCGCUUGCGGAUGUUGGGAGCUGCGUUGAGGCUUGA